AUGUCAGCCAGAACUUUCACCCUCCGCGUUCCUGCAACCUCAGCCAACAUCGGACCAGGCUUCGAUGUUGUUGGACUCUCCCUGUCGCUUUAUCUGACUUUGGUCGUCUCAGAAUCAUCAAGAUCGCCUGGCGCUUCGUAUGUGCCCCCAAAACUACGCUACACAGGUGAAGGAGCUGCUGAAGUGCCCCUCGACGCGUACAAAAACUUGACUACACGUGUCGCACUCUACCUCCUCCGCUGCCAUGAUAUUCGGUCAUUUCCCUCUGGCCUGACAAUCGAUGUUCAUAAUGAGAUCCCCUUUGGUCGCGGACUGGGCUCUUCUGGCGCUGCAGUCAUCGCCGGCGUCCUGCUGGGUAACGAGCUCGGCCGCCUCAACCUCCCUCAUGAGCGUCUCCUCGAUUUUGCUCUCAUGGUCGAGCGCCACCCUGAUAACGUCACCGCCGCACUUGUGGGCGGUUUUGUUGGCUCGUAUCUCCGUGAACUCGACAGCGCCGCAACAGAGGCGGCCAGCGUGCCGUUGAGUGAAGUCCUGCCAGAGUACCCUCCAGAUGCGGGCGAAGACUGGGGUCUCAACCCACCCGUCCCGCCACUUGGCAUCGGACAUUUUGUGCGGUUUGCCUGGUCAGAAAGCAUCAAGGCAGUUGCCAUCAUUCCGCGCUUCGAACUGAGCACAGCAACAGCUAGGGAGGUCCUGCCAACCCACUACUCUCGCAAAGACCUUGUCUUCAAUCUACAACGACUUGCUGUCCUUACCACCGCUUUGGGACAGUCACCGCCGGACCCAGAGCUCAUAUACGAAGCGAUGAAAGAUCGGAUCCACCAGCCAUACCGCAAAGCACUGAUACCCGGACUCCCAGAGGUAACAUCCUCAAUCACACCGACUACCCACCCAGGACUCUUGGGCAUAUGCCUUUCUGGUGCUGGCCCCACCAUCCUUGCACUCGCUACUCAUGGCUUCGACGCCAUCGCCGAUGACGCCCGCGCAAUCUUCAAAGAAAAGGGUGUCGAGAUUGACUGGAAAUUACUGACAGUAGUCGGAGGUUGUUCUGUUGAGUCAACAUAG